AUGCAUAUUGAUUUCUCACAGUUUGUGUGCAUUUUCACAACACUUUUCCCAUACUUCCUCUAUACUUGCGCUUACAAGUUCCCUAACACCCUUAGUAAGAUCAUGACCCAAAAAACUUUGAUCCAAAUUUCAACAUGGAACAAAAUAAUUGGCGCAGUGUUCCAUCUUCCAACCUGCUUUAGAGCUGGAAUCAAUGGUCCUGGUCUUUGCAUUGCUAUCCCUCUUGUUUUCGUUGGCCAGUAUUUAAAUGAAGUUGUUUACAACGUUCUUGGAGAUUCUGGCGUUUACUAUGGCAAUGAACUCAAAACAUCAAAGCCAAAGAACAUUAGCGGUUUCCCAUUUACAAUGGGUGAUCCAAUGUACAAAGGAGCCAUUCUUACAGUUCUUGGCUGGUUCUUUGCAAUGAACACAACAAGAGAUAUAAUCAUUAUUUGUGUUCCAUGGAUGAUUGCUUACUUCACACAAGUUAUCAUUGAAAACACAGCUCCAGGAGCCUAA